CCCAAAUAGGUGGUGGUAAGGUAAGUGAUAACAUGCCUUGAGAAGUUUUAUUAAGGAGGGAGACAUAGAAUCAAUCAACCAAGGCGUAAGGCCAUCCAUAUAUACCCCUCCAAAGAACGGUGGUCGAAUUUUUUUAAAUCCAUAUUUUUUCCCGUUGUCUUUGAGUAACUCUUUUCACUAGCCAAUUUCUUUCCUUCUGUUUGCAGUAAUGCAGCUAAUCCAAUUAUUAGCAUUUAUAGAGUCUGGUUCCAGGAUGAUAUUAUUGCAACCCUUUCAGAAAGUCAUUAGCUUCAGCCAUUCUAAUACUGCACUUUCUGAAUUUGUUUACAGCAGUCAAGAAGAAUUAUUCCAUUAUGAUCUCUAACUUUGACCCUCCCAAGCUCUAUCAAUUUAACUUUGAUCUUGUUCAGCAUCUAAUCACAAGAAUACGCUCUAAAUAUUGCAACUCCAUGAUAAUGUGAAGGUAGUUCCUGGCUGUCAACAUCAGUCCUGUAUUUAGCCUUUUGUGGAGAUCCUCCUGGGGCGUAAACAUUGUUUGGAAGAACUCAAUGCCACUCUUCUGGAUCGUUUGUUCGACACUAGUCCAAACGAACCCCCCAUCAUUGGAUGGAAAUUUAAUAUGGAAUAGGCUUGGUGGAGAUUACUUAUGUUGAGGGGCCUUAUUGUUCAUGCAAAUCUACUCUAGCCUCUUUACAAUUUUUUAAAUCUAGCCUUUGCGGGGUAAUGAUGAUGAUGAGGAUGACUAUAACGCAUGGAAAUGUCGGGAGGGGUGAGUUUCCCCGUACCGGAAACGUAUGCAUUGAGAAACGUCUAAUACACGUGUCGGGGUCGUUUUUAAUUUCAGGGAAGUUGGAAACGCGUUUCCCCCAAAAAAUAGAAUUUGAGAAAGGGUUUAGUGGGAUUAAUUGAUUAAACCUCUUGUCUUCAACGGUUCAACCCUAGUCUUGAUCGGCACUUCAUCGGCUUCAAAGCAUCUGGGUGAGCAGGUCGCCGUCUUCAGCAAUUUACGGUAGAUUCUUAAAUCGUUCCCCUGCUUCUGCAAACCGGUCGCUUUACCUUUGCUCUUCCCUGCCUCUUACUUCUCGCUUCUCACUUCUCAUAUCCCUAUAUUUAAUUGUGGAUGUCUGAUAUUGUAUAAGUGGGCAUAGAAGUGAUGAUGAUGGAUGAUAUGUGUUCCACUACUAAGGAGCCAUUUUCUUAUGAUGAUACUGGGCAGUUUUACUUUACUCCGUAUUAUUUAGGUAUUUGUUGCCAUUGGAUUGUGAUGGAUGCAAACGGUAAAGGUCCAAACGAUCAGGUGGUUGUUAUGAUCUCUGGUGGUGAUGGUUUGAAGGAUCAUCCUAAGACUAAACCUUCAUCUGGUUCACCCCAUGCAUCAAUUGAUUCACCUGAGAUCGCAUUCAGCCCAACUGCAAAUAAGCCUCCAAAACCACCGUCCACUUUCAACACUCUCAUUAGGCGAAAAUCACUCUCAAGAUCAGUUUACUCAAAACCGAAAUCAAGAUUUGGUGAACAGUCGAUACCCAUUGAUCACAACAUGUUUGAUGAUCAAAGUGAAGCAUCUAUCUGUGCUUCGCCUAAUUAUAAACUGGACCCCGAUACCAUUUGUAAUACACAGAGAGAGACUAGAAGGGCCAUCUCAGUGAGCAUUACCCCCAAGACACCGCUAAUGGCGUCACCGGGUGGUUUGGAAGGAGAUGAUGAGCACGAGGAGAUUUAUAAGAAAGUGAAAGUGAGGGAAAAUUUGAGGCUUAGGAAAGUGAAGGUGAGAGUUUUAAGUGAAUGGUCAUUAUUACUUUGCAUUGUAGGGUGUUUGGUUGCUAGUGUAAAGGUUGAUAAGCUCCGAAGUUGGAAACUUUUGGAUUUGGAGGUAUGGAAGUGGAUUACGCUUUUUAUGGUAACAUUGAACGGGCUAUUGGUCACUAAGUGGUUCAUACAUUUCAUUGCCUUAUUGGUUGAGCUCAACUUCUUGUUACGGAAGAGGGUGUUGUACUUUGUGUAUAGUUUGAAGAAGAGUGUUCGUGUCUGCCUAUGGAUUAGUUUAGUCCUUGUGACGUGGUUAUCACUCUUCGCGAGCGGGAAUCGGAGGUCGCGUUUGGCCGACAGAGUCUUGGAUGACAUUACAUGGACUAUAGUUUCGUUGCUUAUAGGGGCAUGUCUGUGGUUACUGAAAACUCUAUUGCUCAAGAUAUUAGCAUCAUCUUUUCACGUGAAUGCGUUUUUUGACAGAAUCCAACUCUCGUUUUUUCAUCAGUACAUUUUGUUGACCCUAUCGGGUAACCCGGUUAUGGAGUCAGCAGAGAUGUUAGGAAGAACAAACAGCAAUGUGAGUCAGCUCAGUUUCCACAGGGCGAAGAAGGGAAAAGACGGGAAGGACAAUAUGAGGAAGGAAAGAGAGGUAAUUGAUAUUAAUAAGCUUCACCAGAUGAAGCGAGAGAAAGUGUCUGCAUGGACUAUGAAGAUGUUGGUCGAUGUGAUAUCUAAUACGGGGCUGUCCACUAUCUCUGGCUCGUUAGAUGAAGGUACAUUUGGAGGAGAGUUUGAACAAACGGAUAUUGAGAUCACUAAUGAGGAGGAAGCAAUUGCCGCUGCUUAUCACAUCUUCAGGAAUGUUGCACAGCCUGGUUCCAAGUACAUUGAUGAGUUCGACUUAAGGAGAUUCUUGAUUAAAGAAGAGGUUGAUAUGGUUUUACCAAUGAUAGAUGUGGCAGAUACCAGAGAAAUUGACAUGAAGACUUUGACAGAGUGGGUGGUGAAGAUUUAUAAGGACCGCAAAACACUAUCCCAUGCUUUAAACGACACAAAAACAGCUGUGAGACAAUUGAACAAGCUCGUCACCGGGAUUCUAAUAGUUGUGAUAAUUGUCAUAUGGCUUCUGUUAGUCGGGAUUGCAACAACCAAAGUGAUUGUCUUUCUCUCAUCCCAACUUGUUGUGGCAGUAUUUAUGUUCGGGAACACUUGCAAGACUGUUUUUGAAGCCAUUGUUUUUGUGUUUGUGGUGCAUCCUUUUGAUGUUGGUGAUCGUUGUGUUGUGGAUGGUGUUCAGAUGAUUGUUGAAGAAAUGAAUAUCUUGACUACUAUUUUCUUGAGAUAUGACAAUGAGAAGAUAUACUAUCCGAAUUCGGUUUUGGCUAAUAAGCCCAUCAGCAAUUUUAAGAGAAGUCCUGAUAUGAGCGAUACCUUCGAGUUUUCCGUUGAUUUCCAUACGCAUGUGGAGAAGAUCGGAGCUCUAAAUGAAAAAGUAAAGAAGUAUCUAGAAAAAUCCCCACUUUGGCAUCCGAAUCACAACAUGGUGGUGAAGGAGAUAGAGAGUAUGAAUAAAAUGAAGAUGGCCUUGGUUUUCAAUCACACGAUGAACUUCCAAAAUGCUGGAGAGAGAAAUAGGCGGAGAACCGAACUGAUCCUGGAGAUGAAGAAAAUGUUUGAGGAUCUGAGUAUCAGAUACGAUCUUCUUCCUCAACAAGUCCAUCUCAUUGACUCAUCAAGCGGGAGAAGUCCAUCUCUUUGAGCGGCUGCCUUGUAUGACGAAAAUGCGAGGAAAUGGUUGAAAUUAGCAUUGUAUCUGCCUCCACCUGCAAAAAAAAAACAUGACGUGCAACACAUUAUUGAGUAUAAAUUGUAAUAUUUGGAAGGUAUGAUUCAAAAAUUCCGCCCCAAUAUGUUCUAGUAUCAUGAGUAGACUAUCAAAGAUCAUUUCCUUUCCUAUUUGAACCCUCAAUUAAUCUUUAGUUAGUUUCUAACUUUUAUAUUUGAGAUCAUUUCCUUUCCUAUUUGAACCCUCAAUUAAUCUUUAGUUAGUUUCUAACUUUUAUAUUUGUUUUUAUGGUGUUCUUGAGGUUGGGAAGCUCACUUCUUGCAACCAUUGAUAUUUAGGCAACAUUUGAGUUGUAUUUUCAUAUUAUCUUACAUUUUAAUUAUUGUAAUCUUGAUUAGUAUGAACAUUAGAGGCUAAGUCAUAAAGUCAAGACUCAGGAUGAUUUUUUUUUCUUUUAAAAGAAGAACGCCCGCUAGUUUUGAUAUUUUUUUCUAAGUCAAUAUAUAUUAUGAUUUAUUCUUUU